ACAAAGGGUUCGGCCGAUAGAUGGGGCGCUAAGGCCUCAAGGAAGGGACUCAAAGGGAAAAUCCCAUAUCCCGGGUUCCGUCAUAGACUGGAUGAGCUUGACUACUAAAUGCCUUCCCCGUCGGUUCUGUACAAAGCAGGUUGACGACCUUACAAAAGCCCUAAAAGACCCAAUCCCUCGGCCCGGGACCCGCGCUAAGCCUCAGGGGCACAAUUCGGUUGCGAAAUAUAUAGCUAUCAAGCUGGUGGGACUGGAACUCAACCUGAAAAUUCCCUUCCCCCGCAGGCAAGCUACGCAGCGAACGAAUUUCUGCUUUUGUGGCACUCUUCUGGGUCUCCCGAAAAAAGCUAGUGUAGCAGCCCCAGUUCCCGUACCUGCAGUUCCUGCUGAAGCUCUUUCCACUGCUGCCGCAAAACCCGCUGCUUCUUCUAGCGAAACUUCUCCUCUUCCUGCUCUAUCUGCUGCUGGUGGCUCUUUGAGCGCCCCUUUCCCUUCUUUUAUAGGGGAAGAAGAUGUUGGAAAGGCCGCAGUCGUAGCUCUAAUAGUCAAGGCAGCUUUCCCCGAUUCACCUGCUUCCACGGAUGAAACUGACGAACCCGAUGAAACUGCUAGAACUGAUUCAAUAGAGGAGUACGGCACAACAGCAUUCCGACGAUUCAAGGGCAUAAGAAGCUUUAGAGCUGGGAAAGUUGCCGAAGAAGUUGGCACGUUCUUAGGAAUCGCCAUCGCGAAGGCUUUUGAAGGAUUUAUGCGCGAGGCUCUGCAAGACCUUUCUAAAUCCCCUCUAAUGGGAGGAGGUGCAAGUGCAAGAUUGGCUAGGCCACUCUACAGGGAGUUCAAGAAGGCUCAGUUCCAAGGUAUCGGAUCAGCUUUAGCAGCGGUUUGCCUUGUUCCUUGCUCCUCAAUCGAUAUGAUAUGGAAUACCGCACACCGCCGG